CUGUGACGUGUCAUUUGCAUGAGAGGUCCACAUUCAGUAUGACGUCAUGACUAUCUGUUCAGAGAGGUCCAUUUCCACGAUUGGUGCAUGCCGAAUGAAGAACGCAAAAGGACAAGAAGAUGCCGAAGAGGACAAUCCAAAAAAGACAAAGGAGUCAAACAAUCAACAGUCAACAGACACAACUGCACACAUUCAUUUUUAAACAGAGCAGAUAGACCAUGAUGAUCUUUGCCCGGUAUCCAGCCCUCGUGGGGACACUCUUGCUGCUGCUGAUAUCCACUACGGAAGGAUUUUCCAGUGAGCGCUCGCCACUGUCAUUGUCCAGACCAACCACAACCACCAAUAAGCCCACCAAGAGACUUCCAUUGGCAUUGGAACAGGCAUCGGUGUUGGUACCGGCCGAAGAACCUGCCCGUGGCGUCUUGCGUCGGAUCCAAAAAGCAGUGCUUCGCCCUCGUGGUGGUGGAACUACUAGUGCUGAUAGUGAUGUCCAAAACAAGGGCGACAGUUUUUUAAAGCGCCAUCCCUUCUCCUCGGCAGUGGCCAUUACUACCGUCAAUGCUAUCCUUGCAGACCUCUUGACCCAACUCGUCUUUGAAGGCACAACAAACCCGUGGAAUCCCAAACGAACUCUGGUCUUUGGAGCCUUUGGAUUCCUCUAUCAAGGAAUGGUCCAAUACGCCAUUGUCAAUCUCGUAUGGGAAAAAGUCUUUCCCGGAACAUCCAAACGCGCCGUCGUUUCCAAAAUUUGUGCCAUGAAUCUGUUUUCCGAUCCACUCUUUUUCAUGCCCACAUUUUACAUUUUCCAAGAAGCCAUGACCACUGGCACCGUUGGAUGGGCUACCGUCAAGGCGGCAUUGUUGGCAUACAAGGGAAAUUGUUUCAUGGAUUGGCGCAAUUCCUGGAUGGUCUGGUUUCCCGGCCAUGCCGUCACCUACGGCGUCAUGCCCACGCACAAACGAAUUCCAUGGAUGGCAUUUUUGAGUUUCUUUUACAUGUGUGUCCUCUCCAUUACACGGGGGGGCGUAUAA